GCAGCCCCCCCUCCCUACUCUCCCCCGGCGACAAGCGAUGGGCGACAUCCCCACCCUCGUGAAAAUCAACGUCUCCCUCAAAAUCCAGCCCAACGACGGGGCGGUGUAUUUCAAGGUGGACGGGAACCGCUUCGGCCAGAACCGCACCAUCAAGCUGCUGACAGGAGCGAAGUACAAGAUCGAGGUGGGCCUUCGGCCCGGUACCGUCCAGGCCACGACAAUGGGCAUCGGGGGCGUCAAUGUCCCACUGGAAGAGAUAUCAAGGGAUGCACAGAUGGCCUCUUACACAGGGAUCUAUGACACAGAAGGAGUGCCCCAUACCAAGAGUGGAGAGAGACAGCCCAUCCAGGUCAAUAUGCAGUUUAAUGACAUCGGCCUUUUUGAAACAGUCUGGCAAGUCAAAUUCUACAACUACCACAAACGGGAUCAUUGCCAAUGGGGAAACAGUUUUGGUAGUAUUGAAUAUGAAUGCAAACCAAAUGAAACUCGCAGUCUCAUGUGGAUCAAUAAAGAGACCUUCCACUGAAGAGAUAUGAAACCAGGACUGCUGGACAAUUUCUUUAAGGAAUACUCUACCUUUUUAAACCAGCAAGACGCCUUAACAAAGGCAUACUAUAACAUUGCUGUGUCCCAUACAUUUCCAACUACAUUAUACAUACAGGUGGUG